CCUUCGUUGUUCGUGCGAUGAUCGCGCAUCGUGGUGGAGAUUCGUCCCUCGUUUUCAGACUGCUGUUUUUCCCACUGAUCCUCGUCGCGAGCGGGCAUGAAUUCGCCAGGAACGGGACCGUGAUACCUGACAACGACCAUUACGUUAAUCCGUCCAACGUUUCAUCGUCCGUUACCAGUCACGGGACAGAGAUGGAAGCUCGUUCCGACGGAGAGCUAUCCGUUACUAGGAGCGUCGAAAGAAAAAGCGGCGGCCCUUUCAGUUACCGAAGAGACAGUUAUCUGGAGGCUCUAAGGCAUUCUCGCACCAGCACCGAUCCCCGUGAGGGGAUCGUUGACGUGGUUGGAUCAGGAUCGUUUCAUCGAAGGAAGGAGCAAUCGUUGGGACCCGUGUACACGACCAAACGUUCCGAGAUACCCGUCUCCUCCUCCUCGAGAAUUGUUCACGUGGAUCGAGACUCUUUCUCCAUGGUGCCAAGCGACUCUUACUCCCUGCCUACUCGAACGUCCGCCGAUUUUAACGGAGUUAAAAAUACUUACGGACCGCCCCAAUCUUCUUACGGAUCGCCUUCCUACGGGCCUCCACCCUCCAACGAUUACUCUUAUGGGACAAGUGGAGGUGGUUACUCGCCAUAUCAGCCACAGCAAGGUGAGACACGAGCUUAUGGGGCGCCACACGGGAUAUCCGACUCGGUGCAACUCUCCCUUCCGUCCAUCGAUUUCUCCUGGCCGUUCGCGCUCAAGCUGAACGCCUUCACCCUGGCCAAGAUACUUCUCAAGCUGGUGAUAUUUAAGAUGAUCGUCAAGUUCAUCGCUGUUAUCUGUCUGUUGCUGUUCAUUCCAAAACUCGAGAUCAAGAAAGGUAACAAAGGGAACAACAUGGAGGGGAGCAACGACGACGAGGACGAGGGACGUCGUUUUCUGAACGCAAACUCGAUGGUGUGGGACAGAUUGAACCGCUUAACCUUGGUGGUGCAUGACGCGAUGAAGCAAUACGGAGUCGAUGUGGUUAAACCACGAUCCGAGUGCUCGACGCUUCAGUGCCAAAUACAAAGAGCCUUCGAACACGAUGAAUCCUGGCCGGAUUACGAACAACUGUUGCAGAACUAUAUCAUGGAGGAGGCUCGGCUCAUACGAGACAAGUUUUAAUCCGUAAUUUCGUUUCUGCAAAACUAUUUUUCUCGAUCCGACCAUAAACUCGGUCGUCGAUCGAUUCUUAAGGAUCCCACGGAUCAACUCGAGAUAUUAUAUAAUAAUGAAUUCAUUUCACGGAAUAUCAAAAGAUUCGGGAUUGAAAUCGCACAUCUGUUGCGUAUCACUCUGUUGCGUAAGAAAAUUUAAUGCAAGAAAAAAUUUUAAUUCCAUUCCUUAAUCUUUAAUACCGAUUAAUUUCUUAUUUAAACUCGAAAGCGAUCCAUUCAUUAUAAUUAGAAUUCUCGGCCAGUGACCAACACGUCGGUAUUCGCCGCGAAUAUUUCUCGUUGACCCACGGGAUCCUUUAUCGCGUAUUUAUCCGUUACCUAUGUAAACAAUAAUAUUUACAAUGGACUCGUGUACACGCUUGCCGUCCAAAUAAAAACGUCCGUUCGUCUCCAAGCAUCGUUACGCGCAUGCCUUUCGCUUCUUUCCACUUUGCGUUUCGUUCCAUUUCCAACGAAAUCGCAACACUUAACAAUUCCAGUGGCGAAGAGCGCGGAGGCGCGACCAAUUUCGAAGAUUGCCGCUACGUGAUCCUCUGUUAUUAUUCUCGAGUUUUCCGGACCGGAGGACACACGGUGGGGAUGUUGUGUUCGUUUAUAAACGGUGCUGCUACAGCCGGCUAUGUUUCAGUCGUUUUUUGCCUCGACGGGUGAGUAUAGUUUCGCUUUCGUCGUCGUACGCACGCGCACACGUACACACACGCGCGCCAGCCUAUUCCUU